CCCCAGCCGCCCUCAUGUCACCCUCAACCUCAAUCUCACGCUUCGUCGCGCUCCUCGUCCAGCUGCUGCCCCUUGCGCCGGCCGUGUCCGCUUCACUGGAUAUCGUCCCCGGCGCGACGUGGACGGCGGCGGGAACGAACAAGCAUAUCCAGGCUCAUGGCACCGGGCUUUUCGAGACAGACGGGGUGUAUUACAUAAUCGGGGAGAAUCACACCGCCGGCGCGAGCUUCCAGUCCAUUAAUUGCUACUCCAGCACGAAUCUUCUGGACUGGACCUUUGAGAAUGAACUCCUGACUCUGCAGAGCUCGGGCGACCUCGGACCCAGCCGCAUCGUUGAACGGCCCAAGGUCAUCUACAACGACAACACCAAGCAGUAUGUGAUGUGGAUGCAUAUCGACGACUCGAGCUACGCGGAGGCGCGGGCGGGCGUGGCAACGAGCGCCAGUGUCUGUGGGGACUAUACUUAUCUGAAUGCCUCGCAGCCGCUUGGUUUCCAGUCUCGGGAUUUGGGGCUUUUUAAAGAUACCGAUGGGACCGGCUACCUCCUGACUGAAGACAGGGAGAAUGGUCUGCGCAUCGAUCGCCUGUCGGCCGAUUACCUGACCGUGGAAAGCAACGUUCAUCUUUUCACCGCGGACUACGAAGCGCCCGCCGUGUAUAAGACCGGCGAUACGUACUUCAUGUUCGCCAGUCAGCUGACAGGGUGGAGCGCAAAUGAUAACAAGUACACUACCGCUACGAACCUAUCCGGACCAUGGUCCGACUGGGCGGACUUUGCACCGGCGGGCUCAGACACCUACGACUCGCAGACAAGCUUCGUCGCCGACAUCAACGGACUGGUGAUGUACAUGGGCGACCGCUGGGUCUCCACCGACCUCGCCGCGUCCACCUACAUCUGGCUCCCGUUGACCAUCUCCGGCACGACCGCCUCGCUCACCACCUCCUCCCCCUGGACUCCCUCCGUCGCCGACGGCACCUGGACCCCAGUCUCCGCCACCACAACCUACGGCUCCAAAUCCAACGGCACCCUCUCCGGCUCCGCCGUCUCCCUCUCCUGCUCCGGCUGCAGCGCCGAGAUCGUCGGGUAUCUCGGCGGACCCGACAACGGAACCCUGACGUUCAGCGAGGUGGCAUUCUCGUCGGCGGGGGAGAAUACCGUGCAGAUCUCCUACGGGAAUGGGGAUAGUACCCAGCGGUACUGUGCGGUGAGUGUCAACGGGGUGACGCAUGUUGUGGCGUUUUUGCCCUCGGGGGGGCCGCAGUCGCUGAGCACGAGUGUGUUGAAUGCGGUGGUGAACGAGGGGGCGAACAAUGUGAUUAGUUUUGGGGCGUUUGAGGGGGGGUAUUGUCCGGAUAUUGCGGGAAUAGUGAUUUCGUAGGGGUGUGUUGCUGGGUUUUUGGGUUUCUUGGGGCUAUCUAGGAUGGUUGGGAUGUUGUCUGCUUCUAGGGCUUUCAUGAUUGCUCAUGGUGGACUAGGUAUGCAGAGGCACGAAUGAAGAUUUCCACCCCGACGGAAGAAUUAGGGUUUGAGGCGAAAACACCCUCUACUACGCCAUAAGGGGGGGAUGGGCAGGAAAGAGUGUUGAC